UGUAGUAAACAAAAAUACGUUCUUAGCAACCUGUAUUACGCACGCACACACACGGAUGGAUUUAAAAAAAAAAAGAAAUACGUAGGACUCCACCCCACAUUUACCUCCCAUGACUUGCAGGGCUUGUUACAGCUCACGCCCGUACCUGUUUUCGAGUGCAGGUGCUGAGACACCUGUCAGACAGAGAAAGACUUCCCUUCUGCUCACACUCAAAAGGACACUCUCUCACUGACUCUCGACUGAGCUGGGUGGCUGUUGCUGGUGGAUAUAAAGUAAAAGCAGGUGGCCCGUCAAGAAAGCAGAAGGAAGAAGAGAGACGAAACUUCUUGAAUAACCAUGUCAAAAGAGGGGGACAAAGCAGCUGUGUUCCAAACCACCAAAGUGCGGACCAAGCUGAGGGGAGACGGCAGCUGGCUGCAGCAGUGCCGUGAACCUGCAGAUGAAACCAAGGAGGAUAAGCCAUGGAUAGCAGAAGUAAGGAACAGCCGCCUGAAUGGAGCCCCGACCAGUCCGGAAACAUCACCGACAAAACCCACUCCACCGCCCCCCAAGCCUGACACUGAAAGAGCACCGACAUCAGGAUUCCUGAUCAGAGGCAUUUUCACUAAACUAGACAAGCCUGCCCCAACUUCAAAUUACAACGGAUUUAGUGGAGUGAACCAGUUCAACAAGAAGCCAUCUGAGGUCUACAAGAAAAUAGCCCCCCACACUGUGAGGCCCACUCCAGAGAGCAAGGAUGGUCAGCUUAGCACCGAGGAACAGGAGAAACGGAAGGAGGCUGCCAGCAGCGUUCUGAAGAAAUCUUCAGUCAAGCAACGGUCUUAUGUGCUGUCUGCUGCUAAGAAGUUUGAGGCUAAAGUGGAAGAACCAGACACCCCAUCAUUUGUGGCUAAGAGGGUGGAGAUUGCUGACGAUGAUGAGAGUCCUGCACCUGCAGCACCUGCCAGCACUGUCCCCGUUACGGCGGUUUCCUCCACACCUCAGGCCGAACCACAGAAAAUAGCCAAUGGCAGCGUUAAGACAGCUGCUGAUGUUGCGGUUAAAGAGCCAGUGGCGCAAAAGGUGGAGGAGAAGAAGGACGAGGUUUCCCCAGAACCUGAGAAAGGAGACCCCUCUCCAGCGCCUGUUACGGAAAAAAACCCGUUUGAAAACAUGAAACCAGGGUGCACCAAGGUGUACACUCCUCUUCCUGAACUCAUCACUGAGUGUAUUCCAGCAGUCAGUACAAAGCCAGAACCCGAGGACUCAGGCGUUUCUGGGGAAGUUGACAAACCUCUUGUUGACCUUGCCCCAGCAUUAUCAACCCCGAUGUCGCCAACUCCGACAUCCCCUGCUCCGGCUUCAGUUGUCCCAGAAUCACCUGCUCCAGUGUCCCUUACCCCGCUGUCUCCUGCCACCGAGCAACCUGCUCCAGUGUCUUCUACCCCACUGUCCCCUCCCACCAAGCAAUCUGCUCCAGUGUCUUCUACCCCACUGUCUCCUACCCCACUGUCCCCUCCCACCAAGCAAUCUGCUCCAGUGUCUUCUACCCCACUGUCUCCUACCCCACUGUCCCCUCCCACCAAGCAAUCUGCUCCAGUGUCUUCUACCCCACUGUCUCCUACCCCACUGUCCCCUCCCACCAAGCAAUCUGCUCCAGUGUCUUCUACCCCACUGUCUCCUACCCCACUGUCCCCUCCCACCAAGCAAUCUGCUCCAGUGUCUUCUACCCCACUGUCUCCUACCCCACUGUCCCCUCCCACCAAGCAAUCUGCUCCAGUGUCUUCUACCCCACUGUCUCCUACCCCACUGUCCCCUCCCACCAAGCAAUCUGCUCCAGUGUCUUCUACCCCACUGUCUCCUACCCCACUGUCCCCUCCCACCAAGCAAUCUGCUCCAGUGUCUUCUACCCCACUGUCUCCUACCCCACUGUCCCCUCCCACCAAGCAAUCUUCUCCAGUGUCUUCUACCCCACUGUCCCCUCCCACCAAGCAAUCUGCUCCAGUGUCUUCUACCCCACUGUCUCCUACCCCACUGUCCCCUCCCACCAAGCAAUCUGCUCCAGUGUCUUCUACCCCACUGUCUCCUACCCCACUGUCCCCUCCCACCAAGCAAUCUGCUCCAGUGUCUUCUACCCCACUGUCUCCUACCCCACUGUCCCCUCCCACCAAGCAAUCUGCUCCAGUGUCUUCUACCCCACUGUCUCCUACCCCACUGUCCCCUUCCACCAAGCAAUCUGCUCCAGUAUCUCUUACCCCGCUGUCUCCUGCCACUGAGCAACCUGCCCCAGUUUCUCUUAGCCCCAUAUCUGCUGUAACAGAGAUCUUAGUGAAGACAGAACCAGAACCAGAACCAAAGCCAAGCUCCAGUGUUGACACACUCACCGCCUUGUCCGACACUCUCAUUUCUUUCGACACGAGUUCACCCAGCUUUAAGGAUGAUGAGCCAGCACUGGCGGCGGAAGAGGGAGGCUCAGCGGACGGUCGCACCACAGAGAGCGGCGCUGAACAGGAGCCAGCUCCGGAGCUCAGCAACUGCGUACCAAUGACAGACGAUCUCCUGGUUUUCACUAAUGGUCCAGAGGCGUCUGCAGAGCCCGCCCCCCCUCCCAGCCCGGGACGCUGGAGCCAGGAUCUGCUCGGCGGACGAGACAGUGAGUCGAAACCAGCAAAGACCAGCAGUGCCCUGGACUUCCUGGCUGAUGAUGUCAUUCCAAUCAACACCGAGGCACGCAGCCUCAGCGUGCAGCGGGAGGAGGAGGAACAGACAGACGAGACAGCCAAAGAAACACAAAGCCCCACAGAGACCGUCACUCUACCCACCAAAACUGUGAUCAUUACUGACAAAAGCGAGGAGGAUGGGGCAGAUCCCAGCAGCCCACAUAAAACGACCACAGUCCCUGAGUCAAGCUCGGCUGAUCCGUUUGAUCCAUAUCCGAUAGGGACCACAUCCCCUAACAGCUCCUCUGACCUGCUCCAGCCCGUCUCUGAUAUUUCCAUCAACAGUGUGUCAAGUCCUUCCACGGAAAUCAAAGACUACCUAGAACCAAAAACUGAUAAGGCCAGCAAUGCGUUGGACUCCCUUGCAGACAACAUCAUCCCCAUCGACACUGACGCCACAAGCCUCAGCACUCUGCGGCCGUGGGCACGCACACAGAACACAAGCACACCUGAGCAGAGUAACACCGAAGAGAGCCCAGACGCUGAACCAGAAGGCCAGGCUGAGGAGCAAAACAUGGUGAUCAAGUUUGAGAGAAAGUCCAAAGAGAAUGACUCCCCAUGGGACAGGUGGACAUCACCCACUGUCUAUACUAUCCCUACAGAAGAGGAGGAGGAGGAGCAGCAGCAGCAGGAGGAGGAGGAGGAGAGCCCCGAGGAUACACAGACGCAGACGUUCCCAAGCUACACCCGAAUCAGGGAGAGUCACCGUGAGCCAGAGCCUGCUAUGGAUCGUUAUGAACCCUAUUCCAGGACCGUGACAGAAGACGACCGUCGCGUUGAGACGCCAGAACCUGAGGCCAAGAAGGGGUUCGUGUAUGUGAAGGAGUAUGUCAACGCAACGGAGCUGUCCCUGCUUAAUGCCAGAGACUCGACUGACGGGCUAGAUUAUUUGACACCGAGCUCCACCAGUUACUCCUAUGGCAGCCCCUCUAGUUACUCCAGCUCGCUGUCAUCCAACUGUACAUACUGUGGACGGCUGAUGAGCAAUGAUGCCAAGAUCACCAUCGAGCACCUCAAUAUCAACUGCCACCCUGAAUGCUUCAAGUGUGGCGUGUGCGGGAAGCCAAUGGGAGACCUUCUGGACAGCAUGUUCCUACACGGUGGGCAAGUCAACUGUGAGAGCUGCUACUCCAAAGUCUUCGAGUGAUUAUUGAAGCUCUUCAGUGGCCUCUUAUCCCCGUCCUCUUCCCCUCAGGUUCAUUUGCAUAUAAAGUGAGAACUGGCCUUUUCACAGAGUUUGGACUGCGUUCAGUUUGACCUCAGCAAUGAUGUGGUUUCGGGGUGAUCAGAGAGCCAUGUUAGGAUGAACAAUAUCAAUGUUUACUUGAUUCUUACAUCAGGAUAAGUUUUUAAUUUCUCAAACAUGUCGUGCAACCUUGUUCUGUUUCUUUCCUCCUGGGGGUGAAAGCAGUAUCUGCCUCUGUAAAACUAUGAAGGAUAUGUCUGUGCAGUACCUGAACAGACUCAUACUGGCAACUGGGGUACAAUAUUAUAUAUAGCGAAAGUAGUUACGCAAGAAAAUGCCUUUAUUACAAAAUGUUCUUUUGCUCCUCUUGAUACAAAACUGUGUGUUCACAUGUAUUAUGCUUUGUUAAGAAAAUAAAAAUGAUUUAUAUAAUA